AUGGGAACUGCACUGUGUAAAAGACACUGUGCUUUCUGCCAACAUCAUUCCGAUGGGAGCAAUGAAAGGACUUCAACUCCACAGCAAGCGGGCAGUUCAUUCUAUGUUAACCCAAGUGCCCUGCAGAAUAGGCAUGUUACGCUCUACAAUUACAAGCCCCGCAUUUCAAAGGACCUUAUGGUUAAAGAAGGGGAAGAAAUUGAAAUUUUGAGUCGAGAAGGAGAAUGGGCAUUGGUCCAGAAAGUAGAAGACGGUGGUGGAGAGAACCAGGUGAAGGAAGGGUACGUGCCUUCAAGCUUCGUCGCCGAGAUCGGGAGCCUGGCUGCCGCACGGUGGUUCUUUGGCAGUAUGAUCCAUGUAGAUGUAAAGAGGUGUCUGCUGAGAGCUGAAAAUCAAAAUGGUUCUUUCCUGGUUUGGCAGAAUAAGGAAAUGAAUGACAUUUACUUCUUGUCAGUGCGCUAUGGUGAUAUAGUGAAACAUUACGAAAUCAAGGAUAAGGCAAAUUUUCAGAACUUGUCCCGACUAAUCAAUAACUACUCAAAUGAGGCAGGAUACUUGUGUACAAGAUUAACCGAACCAUGUGUAAAGCUUGACCGCCCAUCCAUUUCCACUUUGGCUCGCGUUGUUGAAUGGGAAAUCCAAUACUCCUCACUUCAAAAAGGGGACUUAAUCGGACAAGGCCAAUUUGGAGAAGUGUGGAAAGGAAUCUGGAAUUGCACAACUGAAGUUGCAAUCAAAGAACUUAAAGGUGUGGAUUCAAAGUUGAAGAAGGAAUUCCUGGAAGAAGCUGAGAUCAUGAAGCAAUUACACCAUGAAAGGUUGAUCAAGCUUUUAGCUGUCUGCACAGACAGUGAGCCAUUUUGCAUCGUGACAGAGCUAAUGACAAAAGGAAAUCUCCACAAAUACCUCAAAUCUCAUUCAGAAAUAAGGAACCUGGACAUUUCACUGCUCAAUGGCUUUGCCAUACAGAUUGCAGAAGGAAUGGUCUAUCUUGAAGAGAGAUGUUGUGUUCAUCGGGACCUGCGAACUGAAAACGUCCUCCUUACAGAAAUGCUGUGCUGCAAGAUUUCUGACUUUGGCCUCGCUCGACUGCUUAAGAGUGAUCGGUACUCGAUAUCGUAUGAUGCAAAAGUCCCAAUAAAAUGGAUGGCACCAGAAAUUUUCCACGAUCAAAGUUAUACCACCAAAUCAGACGUCUGGUCUUUUGGAGUCUUGCUGACAGAAAUCAUUACAUAUGGUGGAGUCCCAUUCCCAGAUAAAAAGAGCCAUGAGUUUGUGAAGGAUUUAAUGGAGGAAGUCACCAUCUCUCCGCCCGCUGACUUCCCAGAUGACCUUCGUGAUAUUGUACUUCAGUGCUGGAAUCACAGUUCAGAAAAAAGACCAACAUUUGAAGAACUUCAAACCAUGCUAAUGAACUGUAACCCGAUGCUAAAAACAGUUGAAUUCCUUUCAUUAACAUAGGACUGCAAUGAUGAGCACAGUGAAAUGUUGUUAUGUCACACCGCAUGGUGAUUUGUACUAAAUCACAAACCACCUCUGAAACCUGCAUCAAUAAUCCCAGGAGGUGUCAACCCCAAAUGUCCUCAACCCAGAGAUGCUGCCUGUCAGUCGAGUUACUUCAGCACUUUGUGGCUUUAGUUUACUAAUAAUCCCAUGCUGGUUUCUUUAAUUCAAUCUGUAGUCUGCACUUCUUGGAAACAAAUUAAUAUUUUUGUCAGUUUGAAGAAGGGUCCUGAACUGAAACAUUGCAUUUCCAUGUCCUCCACAGAUACUGCCUGACCCACUCCAACACUUAGUGUUUAUUGCUCAGGUUUCCAGCAACUGCAGUUCCAUGUCUUAUUGAUGGUUUCGUCCUGAUCUGCAGCAAUUAGAACUGAAAAAAAAAUCAAAUCACACCAACUAGGUUGGGAAUUCUGGGUGCACUUUUAUA